GCCCCACCUUGUUUCGGUCACGUGACACGAUUACGAAGAUGGUGGAAGUUUCUUCGUGAAGCCCAGAAAGACCCCAAAACAACCAGGAAAUUAGGGGUGAAAGUUGACUACAACGCCACGUAUCGGGUUCAAACUCGCCCACCGGACACGGGCCCUCUUCCCAGCCCUAUGUCAUGGCGAGUGGGGUCGCCAUGCCGGGUCAUACCAAUGGCUACCCUAUGAAGGCACAGCUACAGAUCCUUGUGCUGUCUGCGAAGCUGAAAGAGAACAGGAAGAACUGGUUCGGUCCCAGUCCCUACGUGGAGGUAACGGUGGACGGCCAGUCCAAGAAGACGGCCACGUGCAACAACACUCACAGCCCCAAGUGGAAGCAGCCCCUCACUGUCAUCGUGACCCCGUUCAGUAAGCUGGUGUUCCGCGUCUGGAGCCACCAGACCCUGAAAGCAGACGUCCUGCUGGGCCUCGCCACGCUGGACGUCAGCCACACCCUCCAGGCUAACCAGAUGAAGAUCUCUGAGGUGGUGCAGACUCUGAAGCUAAGCGCCGACCGGGAGCAGACGGACGUGGUGGGCGAUCUGUCCGUCUGUCUGGACGGGAUGACCGUGGACCCAGAGGCCUUCGCAGCAGCCCAGGCCAAUCACCACGCUACGACGAACGGGGAACCCCAACACAACGGAGACCCCCCCGCGGGGCGCAGCCGGGACGGCUCCCCGGCGCUGGACGAGCUCGAGUACCGCUCAUCCCCGAAGGCCCGGCACGCGGUCAACGGCACAGGCUCCUCCCCCUCCCCCUCGGUGACAUCAGAGGGCACCCGCCCCCUCCGCCCCCCCAGGCCCUCCAGGCCGCCUCCCCCGACGCCCCGCAGACCCGCCGCCUCGCCAGUGUCCUCCUCCAACGGCUCCUUGGCGGCAGACUCCAGCGAGGGCCCGUCGGGCUCCGACACGCCGGUCCGGGCCCCCGCAGCGGCGGCGGCGGCGGUGGCCAGCGACACCCAGGGCCCCCCCGCCGGGAACCCCCCCGGGCCCCCUGGGUGUGGGUCCGGGUCGGGGGCCAUCGCUAAGCCGGCCUCCGCCGGCGGCGUGGUGGCUAACCCCGCGGCCACGCCCCGGGCCCCUGCGGUCAACACGGGGCCCCUCCCUCCUGGGUGGGAGCAGCGGGUGGACCUGAACGGCAGGCUGUACUUCGUGGACCACGUGGAGAAGAGGACCACGUGGGAGCGGCCAGAACCACUGCCUUCUGGCUGGGAGCGUCGUGUGGACCCCAUGGGCCGUGUGUACUUCGUGGACCACAUCACGCGCACCACCACGUGGCAGCGCCCCACCAUGGAGACGGUGAGGAACUACGAGCAGUGGCAGCACCAGCGCAGCCAGCUGCAGGGCGCCAUGCAGCAGUUCAACCAGAGGUUCAUCUACGGGCAGGACCAGGUGCCCGCGGCGCAGAGUGACCCCCUGGACUCCCUGCCACUCGGAUGGGAGAAGAGGACGGACAGCACGGGCCGGGUCUACUUCGUUCACCACCAGACACGGACCACCCAGUGGGAAGACCCUCGGACGCAGGGGCUGCUGAACGAGAAGCCCCUUCCCGAGGGCUGGGAGAUGAGGUUCACGGUGGACGGUAUCCCCUACUUCGUGGACCACAACCGUCGGGCCACCACCUACAUCGACCCCCGCACCGGGAAGUCCUCCCUUGAGAAUGGUCCCCAGAUCACGUACGUGCGCGACUUCAAGGCCAAGGUCCAGUACUUCCGCUUCAUGUGCCAGCAACACUCGAUGCCUCAGCACAUCAAGAUCACCGUCUCCAGGAAAACUCUGUUUGAGGACUCCUUCCAACAGAUCAUGAGCUUCAACGCCCAGGACCUGCGCAGGAAGCUGUGGAUCAUCUUCCCUGGGGAAGAAGGUCUGGACUAUGGAGGCGUGGCCAGAGAGUGGUUCUUCCUGCUGUCCCACGAGGUGCUCAACCCCAUGUACUGCCUGUUCGAGUACGCCGGCAAGGACAACUACUGCCUGCAGAUAAACCCCGCCUCCUACAUCAACCCUGACCACCUCAAGUACUUCCGCUUCAUCGGGCGCUUCAUCGCCAUGGCGCUGUUCCACGGCAAGUUCAUCGACACAGGCUUCUCGCUGCCCUUCUACAAGCGCAUGCUGAACAAGCCCUGGGCGCUGAAGGACCUGGAGUCCAUCGACCCCGAGUUCUACAACUCCCUCAUCUGGAUCAAGGAUAACGACAUCGAGGAGUGCUGUCUGGAGAUGUACUUCUCGGUGGAUAAGGAGAUCCUGGGGGAGAUCACCACCCAUGACCUGAAGGAUGGGGGCGGAGACAUCCAGGUCACGGAGGAGAACAAGGAGGAGUACAUCAGGCUGGUGGCAGAGUGGCGUCUGUCCCGGGGCGUGGAGGAACAGACCCAGGCCUUCUUCGAGGGCUUCAACGAGAUCCUCCCCCAGCAGUACCUGCAGUACUUUGACGCCAAGGAGCUGGAGGUGAUGCUGUGUGGCAUGCAGGAGAUCGACCUGGCCGACUGGCAGAGGAACACGAUCCUCCGUCACUACGCCCGGGGGGCAAAGCAGAUCAACUGGUUCUGGCAGUUGAUGAAGGAGAUGGACAACGAGAAGCGGAUGCGGCUGCUGCAGUUCGUGACGGGCACCUGUCGUCUGCCAGUGGGGGGCUUCGCCGACCUCAUGGGGAGCAACGGCCCCCAGAAGUUCUGCAUCGAGAGGGUGGGCCGGGAGAACUGGCUGCCCAGGAGUCACACCUGCUUCAACAGGCUGGACCUGCCGCCCUACAAGAGCUACGAGCAGCUGAAGGAGAAGCUGAUGUUCGCUAUCGAGGAGACGGAGGGCUUCGGACAGGAGUGACCCCCCGCACCCCCCCGCCCCCCCCCCCACUGGAGGAACACCGCGCCCCCAAGCCCGGGCUCGUGGUUUAAAUCAGGGAGCCUAUCGGACAGUAGGCGUGUGUCUGUCCGUCUGACCGUCUUGUCAGCCUAUGUGUGCGUGCGUGCGUGCGUGUGUGUGUGUGUGUGUGUGUGGAGGGAUCGAGUCUGUCCUAAUAAACAACAGGGUGGUCCGCUCCUGUCACAGAAUGUCCCCCAAAGUCUGCAUGGACCCCGUC